AUGUCCUGUUGCAAGCCAUGCCAGCCCUGCUGCCAGCCCUGCGGCCCAACCCCAUUGGCCAACAGCUGCAAUGAGCCCUGCUGUGUGAGGUGCCAGGACUCCACUGUUGUCAUUGAGCCCUCCCCUGUGGUGGUGACCCUGCCUGGACCCAUCCUCAGCUCCUUCCCACAGAACACUGCCAUAGGCUCCUCCACCUCUGCUGCUGUUGGCAGCAUCCUCAGCUGUGACGGAGUGCCCAUCAGCUCCGGGGGCUUUGACCUCUCCUGCAUCACCAACCGCUACUGCUGCAGGCCCUGCCGGCCCUGCUAGAGCUGCUGGCAACAGCCUCUGUUGAGAGCUCCCAAGAGAUGAGAACAUGGUGCUGGAUACAGCUUCAAGACAAUGUAUUUUAAUCUUUGGACCAUUCCUGCCUUCUUCCACUCUUGUAUCUCUCUUUUCCCUUUGCUGUUCUUCCAUGCCAAUGUCAGCUUACUGGGACCCAUUGGCCUCCCUUCCUCUGUGGGCCAGGCAAAUGGGACACCUUGCACCAGGUCCACUCCAUCUCAGUGGCUGAAGCUCUGUGCUCCCUAUGAGCCAUCUCCUUUUCUUCUCUAGACUCAUUAAAGCUCUGCUGCAUCUAAA